GCAUAAUUGCACGUGUCUGUGUGUGUAAGAGUGUGUGAGUGAGGCAAUGUCAAUGCCGACAAUGACGCUAUUUUAUUGAUGAUGAUGAUGAUGAUGAUGCGAUGCUGAUGUUGUCUUUAAUAUAAAAGCAGUGAGUAGAACCAGCAGGAUAUUCGAGCGCUGUGCGUGUGCGUGUUUGUUGCAACAUUAUGUGAAGUGUACAAUUUAAAGGCAUAAAUGGAAAUUGCUGUGUGUGCCUACAAAUACACACACACACACACAUAAAUUCACAUAUACAUACAUACAUACAUAUGCCUAUAGAAAAACUAUGAAAUAUUGAUAUGCUGCAUGGCCGAAAGGUAUGAGAGCCACAAGGGGGGCGCAAACAAAAAACUGAGACUCAAACAAGAGCGAUAAGGUUACAGAUGUCCUAAGAAUACACACACAUGUAUACAGUAUAUCUGUACAUGCAUACAUACAUAUAUACAUAGACGUCUGUGUGCGCUAAAGGAUACGCAGUAAAAGGUGCAUGUAACUGGAUACAUGUUUACUUAUAAGUAGGCUCGCCGUUUUGGACAUAAAAGCAACGACCGCACUGCAGCAGACAGCAAUAGCAACAGCAGCAGCAGCAGCAUUGACAGCAACAACAACAACAACAACAGCAGCAGCAACAACACAUCGCUUCUACCACGUCAGCAAGCAAACAACAACAAUAACGACAACGAGCUAAUGCUAAUGCUGAUGCCUGCAGCCAGAGUCGAGACGCAGACAAGGGUCGCAGGUGCUGCAUUGUACAGGAAACGCAGGACAAGACAACGACGUGCGUCUGAGUGAUAAAGCAAAGUGACAACGAAAAAUAUUUACGACGAGCCAAGACGAGAGCACCGACAAAACAACAGCACCUACAAUAAUAGCUAGGAGCAUGUCGUCGUCGUCGGCGUCGGUGAUUAAUACAGCCGGAAAUGUGAUUGUACUUAUUGUGAACCUACAAUUAAUAUGGCCGUUGUUGGCCAAGGAGCAGCUGCCUCUGCCGCUGCCCCUGCCACUCACUCUGUCCCUCCCACAAGCUGAUUAUAGCGGCAGCAUGUCUGUGGAAGACAUGAUUGAUCCGUUGACCGCCAUUGCACCUUUUGCCAGCCACGAUGUCUAUCGUGAGGACCUGGAUCUGAGCUUAAAUGGUGCCGAUCAGCGUCAGCGGAAUGCAGUCACAGAAGAUAGUGCGCCACAGCCACAGCCCCAGCGCCCAACCCAAGAUUUGGCUUCGAACAGCAGUGAGGAUGCCACCAAAUUCCGUAGCUCAGAGUUUGAGGGACGGGCCAGUGGGACUCUGCUGGAGGAGUUUAACGGUGGCAAGCUUAAUGGUGGCGAGGCCAGCAAUACGCUGCCCAUAUUUCUAAGCGAGCCAGAGAGUGUGUUCGUGGUCAAAAAUCGACCAGCGGUCCUCAAAUGCAAGGCCUCUCAUGCCCUGCAGUUGCACUUCAAAUGCAGCGGCAGCUCCCAACCGCCGCCAUCAACGCACGACAAGCAUGUCGAUCCGCACACCGGAGUGCAUGUGGAGGAGGUGACCGCUACCAUCCAUCGCGAUCUUGUCGACGAGUACUUUGGAAAGGGUCCCUUCAAGUGCGAGUGCCAGGCGUGGUCAUCACGUGGCGUUGUCAAGAGCCAGGCGGCCACAGUGCACAUUGCAUACAUACGCAAGUCCUUUAAUCAGUCGCCCACAUCGCUGCGCAUCGAGUUGGGCAGUCGGGCGGAACUGCAUUGCGAAUCGCCGGGCGGCUUUCCCGAGCCAAAAGUUACGUGGCACAAGAACAAUGCGCCCAUAACGGGUGAAGGCGACCCAACCAUAACCGUCGCCGGGGGCACUCUGACGUUCCGGCAGGUGGCGCUGCAGGACAUGGCCAACUACAGUUGCAGUGCGGAGAAUGUGGCGGGCAGGCGACUCUCCGAUUCGGCAGUGCUCAUUGUCUAUGUUAACGGUGGCUGGAGUGCCUGGAGUCCUUGGAGCGAGUGCAAAUGCGCUGGGAAACCGAGUCGCCAGGGGGGACAGGGUCGGAAGCGAACACGCACCUGCACCAACCCGAUGCCAUUGAAUGGUGGGUCGCAAUGUGUGGGCCCGCAUAUACAGAAGUCCGUCGAUUGUGCUGCCUGUCCAGAGGACACUCAAAUUGUGAGCGCUGAUGGAUUUGACAUUUCGUCGAGUAAGCGCAUUGCGCGAUGGUCAGCGUGGAGCGAUUGGAGCAUUUGCUCCGCGGAAUGCAUUCAAGUGCGUCGCAGAAAAUGCGUCACAAAUGGCGUAGCGGUCGGGGGCGAUGUGGCAGAUGAGACUGGAGAAUUGCUUGGAGUGGGCGCCGCGGCGCUGAGUGGCAGCAGCAGCAGCGGUGCCGGAAGUAGUGGUGUGGGUGGCGAUGGCAAUGGCAGCGGCACUUUGGGUAUCAACGUUGGCGGCACAGGAUAUGGCAAAUCACUCUGCAGCGGAAAGGACAUACAAACGGCCGAAUGCCGUGGAGAGCAGUGUCAAAUUGGCAAGGAUGACUUCGAUUGGACGCUCUACUUGGGUCUCGCUUUCAUCACGGCCGUGUGCUUCGCCUUUGGCGCUGCUCUAAUCUGCUGUGCUCGGCGUGGAAUACGCGCAAAUCCCCACUACAAUAUGGCGCGCUCAGUUAUGGAUGGAGAUUAUAUGCCGGGCGUUGUUGAUAAGAAGGAGAUGCGAAUGCACAUUGAGGCGGCCAAUUGUGGGUACGAUUAUGUCAAUCCGGGACAUCGUUACCUGCCCGGCGAGCAUGUGCAUGUGGGCGGAGUGGGUGUGGCCGAACAUCACUACGAUGUGCCUAAUCUGGCAGCUAACUACACAAAUCCCAUCGAUGAUCUGAGUGCUGACUAUUUGUCGGAAACAGGCGAGUCGUCAACAGCAGACACCUCCAACUCAACCUUCGACAUGAAUGCAAAGCUGUCGUUGCUGUCUGCCUCCAAAAGCACCACCUACGAACUUCUCAGCAGUAGUGGCGGCCAGCUGCGGCUCUAUGGGGGGGAGCUGCUACUCUUUGUGCCUGAGCUGGCCAUUGGCAAGCAUCUGAAGAAGCACGUUUCCCUGAUGCUGCUCAGCGAUGAGUGCAGUCGCAUUGCCUGCGCCACAGACAGCUCCCUGCUCUGCAGUAGCGUGGUGCACAGUGCGCCCCGUAACUACAGCUUUGUAAAACCGGUUAUCCUGAAGAUUCCCCACUGCCUGAUGGCGCCGGAGCAAUGGCAUGUCCAUAUCUAUCAUGCGGACAGCGAGCACGACGAUCUGAAUGUCAGUUGGCGACGGGCUGUCUCGGUGGGUGAGGAGACCAUCAACACGCCCAUGUUCGUCCAGCUGGAGCCCACUCAUGUCUACAUCAUGACCGAGCAGUUGGGUCACUUCGCUGUAGUGGCCGAGCCGCGCAUCCAACAGCCCGCCAUCAAGAUGAAGCUGCUCGCCUUUAGUCAGAGCACGCCCAGCAGUUUGAACAGCAGCCUUCGAAUCUACGUGGUCAAGGACUUUCCCAACAGCAAGGACCUCUGCGCGAAUGUGGAGUCUAAGCUGGGCGGCACCUUCAUGGGCGAGAGUGCACCUUUUGCUUUUGUGCUGAACAGCCUCAACCUCAACAUCCGUGUUCGCUGUAUUGAUGCGACGGAGCCAUCGCCUCUCUACGAACAUGCCAUACCCUACCAGCACAUCUUGAGCAACAACUCCAUCCUGCACUGUGAGUUCAGCAUACGCCGGCAGGAGCAACAGACCCUCUGUGUGGACUUUGUGCAGUCGAGUAGUGCAGAGGACUUGGACGACUUCGCUCACAUGGUGCACACGUUCAGCAUUCCAGCACAGACAUCGCAGCUGGGCGCUUCGCUGGAAGAGCUGGGGUCCACCACCAACACCACCAUUUCCAUAGACAGACAAGGCAACUAUGUGAACGAGAGUUGUGUGAUGGACUUCGUCCAGCUGCCGCAUGCCACGAAGCGUCUGAUCUGCGCUGCCCUGGAUCCACCGCGGGCAGAUGAGCGGGAUUGGCGACUACUUGCCAAGAAACUGAGCACAGAUAGGUACAUUGCAUACUUCGCCACCAAGCCUUCACCCACCGAGCAAAUACUGAACCUGUUCGAGUGUCGUGCCAACAACAAUGCAGUGGCCAAUGGUUCCAGUUCCAGCUCUGUCUCCCACACAGUCAUGGCUCUCCUGCAGAUCCUGAAGGAAAUGGGUCGCCAAGAUGUACUCGACAUAAUUGUGCAAACCAUUGGUCCGCUGUGGAUCUAAGCUUUGGAGAGCUAACUGUGUUGCCAAAAACGAUAAACAAAAUGUUCAUGAGUUGCCUUUUAUUUAAAAAAUGUAUUGAAUGUAUUUAAUUGAUGUGUGAGUGAUCGGCUCGAGCUCUGUUUCUGGCCCAUAAGCGAAAAGCUGUCUCGAAGGAAACGAUUACAUGAAAUGCAAAUCAAAGUUUAGUCUUAAGUCUUAGCCUGUAAGUUAUGUGUAGUGUUGUGUUUUAAGGUAACUUGCUCAACGAACUCUGUUCCCCAUGGGUGCCAUGCAUUUUUGUACGAAUACGAAUAUGAAUACUAAGUGAAUUGGAAGGAUAAAGUACGAGUAGUGUAAACUUUAUUGUGGCUUAGCAAACUUAUAGUUCUAAACUCAACUCAACUGUAUAACUACGAAUAUUUAUUAUAACGAAUAGCGAAUAACGGAUACUUGAUUAGGUUAGCCCACGGAUUUCACAAGUUUCUAUGCAAAGAUCCCCAUCUGGACCCCUGACUGAGGCAGUCGACCUGACCUCAGUUCAAUAUACUGCUCGUAUAUAAACCCAUAUGAUGUAUUAUCCAUACACUUGAUGGCUAGGAAGUAGUUGUGUGAACUGUUUGCCAAAUCGUUGAAUUUCUCAACCGACUCUAGUUAUAGCACAUAGACACAAAUACCAGCAGUAAAUGAUCAAAUCGGAAAUAACCGUAGUGCAUACAAUAUAUAUACAUCCAUAUAUAUCGCAUAUAUAUACACCCCCUUAUACAUAUAGUUUAUGAAUUUAGUUCGUAGUGAAAAGUGAAAAUGAGUAGCUUGUUAGACGUACUCAAGUGAUAACCUUUGUAUUUGUCUCUAGUAUUAAGUACACUACCGUUUAAAUUGUUAAUCAAACUACAUAUAUAUUUAACAAUUACAAACACAUACAGUAAAAUUAGUGGCCCAAAUCCAAAACCGAACUACAGAUACAAACUUACCAUUACCACAGAAAUGGUCAAACGAGUAACAACAAAAUAAAAGGUAGAACAGUUCCAUUGCUGUUUGUAGCGUUGGUAAGAUUAUUUUUUAUUUGAUCAUGUAGUUUAUAUAUACAUACUAUAUAUUGAUAAAACGGGAAAAACAUGAGCAGAAAUAAAGA